AUGAAAAUUCUAGUUUUGAUUCUUUUGUGUUGUUGUUUUCAAGAUGUCAGAAGUUCAAGGGCUGCAGAGAAAGAAGAAGAGGUAAAAAGUUUUUCGAAAAUUUUUAAACUUAUAUUUUCAUUUUUCAGGAACUUAUAAAUCAAUUUACCCAUCAGGGUGAGAUCCAUACACUGCAACAACUUCAACGAAAAAUUGGAGUUUUUUUGAAUCCCGAUGAACAUAUUCAUCGAAAUUAUCAAGAGAUGACUGAUUACAUGUUCAGCUUGAACAAACAAUUUCCAAAUCUAACACAUGUUUAUUCAGUCGGACAAAGUGUUGAAGGAAGAGAGUUGUGGGUGUUGGUAGUUUCGAGAUACGCCAAAGAGCAUCAUAAAAAUAUUCCCGAGUUCAAAUAUAUCGCAAAUAUGCAUGGAAACGAGGUUUGUAGUUUUCAAAACGUGAUAAAUGUGAUUUCAAUAAAAAAAUUAUAGGUUACGGGUAGAGUUUUCCUACUUUCACUUGCUUGGGUACUUCUGCAUAAUUAUAAUCAAAAUUUAUGGAUUCACAAACUUAUGGAUAGUACAAGAAUACAUUUGAUGCCAUCGAUGAAUCCAGAUGGGUAAGUUUUGUGAAGAAGAAAUGAACACAUUUUCUGUCAAUAAAUCCGAUCAACAUCCAUGAAUUACUCCGAGAUUCAAAUGUUAAGAUAUUAAACAAAAAUUAUUUUAUAGAAUUCUCGAAAAGUUCUUUGAAACACUCUAAAAAAUUCUUCUAAUUUGGCUUAUUAAAACAAUUUAUUCUAGAUAUGAAAUCGCACAAGAGGGAGAUCAUUCUCACGUCGUCGGAAGACAAAAUUCAAACGGUUUGGACUUGAACAGAAAUUUCCCUAGCCGAUUCCCAAAUUAUUACCCAACAAGCAGUAUUCAACCAGAAACUAUUGCUGUUAUGAAUUGGACGAGACAUGUUCCUUUCAUUUUAUCUGCAAAUCUUCACGGAGGAACAACUUUGGGUAACUACAUCUUGAAAUGUCUCAUAUAUUUUUUAAUUUUUUUCAGUAAACUACCCGUUCGAUGAUUAUCCAACUCGAAACAAACAACAUAAUUAUUCCCCCUCUCCUGAUAAUGCAUUAUUUGUUCGAUUGGCAUAUUCAUAUGCUCGAGGACAUGAAAGAAUGUGGAAGAAGGGACCAAGAUGUUUGAAUGAGGAAUUGAAUAUUGCAGUUGACCCACAAAAUGGUAUUAUUAAUGGUGCUGAUUGGUAUGCUCUUUUUUUUUAGAAAUAAUUCAAAAUUAAAAACAAAUCAAUGUUUUACAGGUACAUUGUUGCUGGUGGAAUGCAAGAUUGGAAUUAUUUGCACACCAAUUGUUUUGAAGUCACUGUCGAAAUGAAUUGUGAAAAGUUCCCUUAUCAAAACCGAUUGCAAUAUCUUUGGGAAGAAAACAAGUAUACUCUCCUGAAUUUCAUCUCACUGAUUCAUGAAGCUAUCCACGGUGUGAUAAUUGAUGAAGAUACUGGGGGAGGUAUUGUGAACGCAACAAUCAGCAUUGAUGAUCAAUCAAAAAUUGUUGUAAGUUAUGGAAGUGGUGAAUUUUGGAGAUUGGUGAACAUUGGAAAAUAUGAAUUAACUUUUGAUCAUACGGAUUAUCACCCACAAUCGUUGUCUGUUGAGGUGACACAUCGUAAUAGAUCACCAUAUGUUGAGGUAACGUUGUUUCUUACUUGCUUAGAUAGUUUUAUAAAAAUAUACCUAUGCUUAAGGUCAAAUUGAAACGCAUUAUUCCACUGACCACAACGCCAGUUCCAAUAUCAAGAACAACCAAAAAAGCUACCCGAUUAGCUGGUGUAAAACAACAAUCAAGUAAAGAAAAUGAAUACAUAAUACCAGGACAAUAUCCAGGCAGUAACAACCUCCGAAUUAUCACAAUGUCAUCCUCACAACUUAACCUUAAAUAUUUUGCUUCACUUUUUGUACUUUUAAUCUCAGGAAAAAGUAUAUUUUUCUAA